AGCCCAGGCUCGGCGCUGAAUCGGCACAAACCAGUCUCACUUCUCGUAUCGCAGCGGGGAGGUUGGAGAGAAUUUUUUCCCAUGAAAGGGCAUACGUUGCCAGUCCCCUUCCCCAAGGAAUGCACUAGGAAUACUGUUCCUGUGUUUGCAUGAGCUGUGGCACCGCACCGACUCGGGCUUCCGGGCCUCCCUCCUGCACGGGAGCCUCUCACUAGGUCUCCCCCGGGGCUGCGUUGGUGCCGUCCGGCACGGUCACGUGGGCGAGAAAAUGGCGGCCCCCAGACCGCACUGCGAGCGUCGCGGCAGGUGAAGAGGUGGUGGCAGAGGCGCAUGCGGGUACUGGUCGGGCCGACGGGCCCUGAGUCUCCAGAGCUCGGUUCUUACAUCCCGUGUCCCCAGGUUUAGCCUGAGCAGGGUUGUGGAAGGCCGGGGCCCAUCGACAGCACGAUGGUGACGGAGCAGGAGGUGGAUGCCAUUGGGCAGACGCUGGUGGACCCCAAGCAGCCCCUGCAGGCCCGCUUCCGGGCGCUGUUCACACUGCGCGGGCUCGGCGGCCCAGGUGCCAUUGGCUGGAUCAGCCAGGCCUUCAGUGACGAUUCUGCCUUGCUCAAGCACGAGCUGGCCUACUGCCUGGGCCAGAUGCAGGAUGCCCGCGCCAUCCCCGUGCUGGUGGACGUGCUGCAAGACACCUGUCAGGAGCCCAUGGUGCGCCAUGAAGCAGGGGAGGCCCUGGGGGCCAUUGGGGACCCGGAAGUUCUGGAGCUCCUGAAGCAAUAUUCCUCGGAUCCCGUCAUUGAGGUGGCCGAGACCUGCCAGCUGGCCGUGCGCAGGCUGGAGUGGCUGCAGCAAAACGGCGGGGAGCUGGCGGCGGGACCCUACCUCUCCGUGGACCCUGCCCCGCCGGCUGAGGAGCGUGACGUGGGGCGCCUGCGGGAGGUGCUGCUGGACGAGUCCCGGCCGCUCUUCGAGCGAUACCGCGCCAUGUUCGCCCUGCGCAACGCGGGAGGCGAGGAGGCCGCCCUGGCGCUGGCCGAGGGUCUGCACUGUGGGAGCGCCCUCUUCCGCCACGAGGUCGGCUACGUCCUGGGACAGCUGCAGCACGAGGCGGCGGUGCCCCAGCUGGCGGCCGCCCUGGCCCGGUGCGCCGAGAACCCCAUGGUACGGCACGAGUGCGCGGAGGCCCUGGGCGCCAUCGCCCGGCCCGCCUGCCUGGCCGCGCUGCAGGCUCACGCGGACGACCCAGAGCGCGUGGUGCGUGAGAGCUGCGAGGUGGCUCUGGACAUGUAUGAGCACGAGACCGGGCGGGCCUUCCAGUACGCGGACGGCCUGGAGCAGCUGCGCGGGGUCCCCUCCUAGGGCCCCGCCCUCACCUGGGGCUCCUCGAGGACUCUUGAGGGCCUCUCCUCCCCCGCAGAGCUUUGGCGUCUAAACCGGGUGUGUGUGAAUCGGUGUCAUCGCUUGUGUCUUGCUGGGCGCACGGUUGCGGUUGCUGUCCCCCUCCUCCGUCUGGGACCGAGGAGCUGCCGUUGUGCUGUGAAUCCCUGAGUCCCCUGACUGCUCCCCGGGGCCUAGCGCAGGGCUGUGGCGUGGAAGUUUCCAGGCUUGGGGUGGGACUCUGCGGGAGGCUCCGGGAUGCCCGGCUCAGGACAGGGGAGGACUGUGAGGGAAGCCAGGGGAGGAUCGCGAGGGAAGCCAGGGGCAGAGCUGGGGCUCUGGGAAGAGGCUGGCGUUAUGGUGGCUUCAGCUUCACUAGGAAUGGGGCGCAGGGUCUGGGGGCCUCUGACUCCCCACCCCGAGGCCUGGGUAGGGACGGGGUGGUGGUCCGUGAGUGGGUCAGGUAGGGCACAGGGACCAGGGAGGGACAAGCAGACCUCAAAGCGCUGCCCAGAUGGAAUAUUAAAUUAUUUUUGCCAAGCA